AUGAAGGCUUUUCUAAAGGGUUCUGAUGGCAUUUUGGCCCUGAGGCCAAAGAUCACCACUAUAGGAAGGCAUGAAGAUUCAGACAUUCUUCUUAAGUCCCUAGGGAUUGAAGACCACCAUGCGGCCAUUGAAUUCAGCGAUUCAGAAAACAGCUUCAUUCUUCGGGAUUUCAACUCCGCCCAUGGAACGUUCGUUAAUGAUUGCCAUAUCCAGAAUGCAGCGGUGAAAGUGAGCCCUGGAGACGUUUUGCGAUUUGGCUCCAAUGGACCGAUGUUUGAGCUUGUGGUCGAAAAUGCUCCUCAGGUGUCUUGUCGUCCGGUGAGUCGGCGCACUGCUUGGCCGGGGCUGCUCCAGAUACUUACAGAGACAAAAACUCCUCCAGCCGCCGCUGCUGCUGCUCAGUUUCCUUCUCUGCCAUCGCAACGGUCCCCGCCCAUUAACCGCAGCUGGUCCUACGGAGCAAGCGGGACUUCGCCGCGUCCGCCACUCCGGAAGAGACCCAUCAAUGCUUGGGGCAGGGCAGUCCCGUCUCCUUCCUUCUCUCCCGAUCCUUUCGGCAGGUCGCCUGCAGUUGUAUCAGGAGAUGGAGCUGCUACAAGCACUCAUCAAGGGGACGCGCUUUUCAAGGAGAGGGACGAGGUGAUUUUGAAAAUGGGAAAUGAAAUCAGUCGCCUCUCCAGCUUUGAAAGCGAGUACGAUCGCAAAGACGCGGUGAUAGCAAAUCUUCAGAGCGAGAUCACAGCAAUGGCAGAGAAGGGAACAGUCACGCUUGCCAAGAAAGAGGCUGAGUUUCGUCAGAAGCUGGCGGCUCUUGAGCAAGACGUGGGUGCAAAGACAGAAGAGAUGAAAGCCCUGAGAGAGCAGAUCAACAAUUUGCAGCAAAACACCAGCGAAGUCUUGUGCCAUUCCCUUUCUGAACGAGACCUACAAAUUGCACACUGGAAGCAAGAGAAUGAGACGCUGAAGAAGAAUUAUUCUCUUACAAUGGGGCUGGUGACCAGUUUGCAAAAAGACCUUACAUCAAAGGACCAGAAAAUACAGCAGUUGAAGAUGGAUGCUGAGAAGUUAAGAACAGAGAGCAGGGAGAAGGACAAGCAGCUUGCCCAUGUAUCGGCCCAGUGCUCUAGAAUUAAAGAGGAAACGAAGCGCGAACUCAGAGAGAGAGACGUAAAUGCCUAUCAGAAUCAAAUCUCCGAGCUGGAGCUGCAAGUGAAGAGAUCCGAAGACGAAAUAAAGAAGCACCGGGCAGAGCAGGAAACCUUAUCCAAAAGGCUUGUUGAAAAAACGAAGGCUGAAGGGGACCUGAAGAAAGAGUUCGAGAAGAGAUCCCAGCAAUUGCAAGAGAUGGGGCGCAGGGAGCGCCUCCUGAAGUCGGACAUGGAGCUCACAGCCUCUCAGGUGCAGUGCUUUCGAAACCAAGUCGUUGAAACUCUCUUCCCUCUGCUUCCAGAGAAGUCAGUCACGGAUCAGCAGAUUGUUGAGAAGAUAAAACAAAUGCAGGCAUCCAACAAGGAGUAUUGUCAGAUAGAGACGUCGCUGAGAGACGAAAUACGCCUCAAGGACUCUGAAAUGGAGGGCCUGUCUGGAAAUAUUGAGCUGCUGAAGAAAUCACUGGAUGGAUUUCAGGAUUUCUUGAAAACGUCCUACUGCAGCCACAGCUUGAGGAAAGAGAUCUGUAACCUUCAGAAUCUGUGCCUGAGCCCACCUGUCUCAGGGGUCCAGGCCUCUGCAGCCGAAGCCCUCUGCAGUGUGCUGAGCUGGGUGGACGCAGUGGAAUGCCACCUUCGAGAUGUGGGACUCGACGUAGCCGGCUGUGAAAAAGGAAUGGCCUCCUACAUGAAGAAACUGCUGGACCAACAUGGUCACACCAUGGGCCAGCUUCAGACCUUGCAGGAGUCUCGGCACGCGCUCCUGCAGGAGGAGGUGAAAGCCUUGAAAGAGAAACUUGAGAAGGAAUUUCAGGACAAAGAGAAAGAGCUUUUGGAGGAUGAGAAGGAACGCAGAAAGGUUCUGGAGGCAAGGGCUGCCCUGGAGGAAGCAAAGCUGAAGGCAGCCACGGAGGAAGAAAAGAAAAAGGUCAAAGGUUUGGAAGCUCAAAUGAGACGACUGGAUGAGGCGAUUGAACAUAAAACAAAAUCCGAAGAAGCUUUAAAUGCCAAGAUAAGGGAGACGCUGGCGAGCCUAGAAGUGGCUGAGAAGAGAAAGGCUGUGGCAGAAGAGAAGGUCACCGUCUGGGAGAAACGUCUGAAGACGGUUGAGAACGGGAGCGAGACACUGAAGCGGAAACAUCGGGAGGAGGUAGCGGAAUAUAAAGAACAGGUCAAGCAGCACUCAAAGACGAUUGUUGAUCUGGAAAGCAAAUUCUUGGAAACAGCCCGGCACGUGGGGGAGGUGAAGGAGGAAAACGCAAAGCUCCAGAAGCAAAUAGAAGAAAUGCAGAGGGAGCCUUUCAAGUUGUCGCCAGCCUGUUCACAAGAGGCCCCUCGUGCGGAAGAGUCCCACGUUCUCUUGAAGGAAGAAUUAGCAGCCGCGAAGCGUGAAAUCCUGUCCAACCAGGCCGCCGUUUUGGAUUUAAAGAGAGAACUUUCGGAAGCCAGAGCCCGCGUGUCCGACGUGAUUGGAGAACUGAGUGAAAAGCAGAAGAUGGAGCUGGAGCAGAAGCGAAGCCUUGUCCACAGCCAGGCGCACGAACUUAACCAUCUCCGAGAGAAGCUGUUUGAGAUGUCCAAGCUUGUGGAUCUGAAGGAUGCAGACCUCAAAACAGCAAGCGACGGGUUAAGGAACAGCAGAAAGCAGCUGAAAGAGCUGAGGACGGAGUCGAACGAAAAGGCAGGCGAGCCCAAGAGAGAGAUGCAGCACAAGAGCGUGCAGACGAAGGCCUCCUCGCCGGAUGACGAAACCCCUGCACCCAGGAAGGUAUCGUCUUUGGACCUGGCUGAUCUGGGAGCGAGAUGCAAAGGCUGCAGACAUGAGGAAACCAUCCAUCGCCAAAGAGACGCCCUGGCUGAGUUGCGGCAAAGAGUCAAAUUGCUAGAAAAGGCUCGGCCUUUGGGUUUUGAAGAGAAGACUGCAGAGCAACUUAUAGUCCUAAAAAAAGGCCCGGCGGAGCAGAGAGUUCGAAAAACAGAGGAAGAACAAGUGACAGCACUGGUGACAGCAGUGGAUGCUAAUAAGCUUCAAAGUGGUGUUCCCAGCGUGGAUCCCAACGUGACGAUAGAGAGGACGGCAAAGCUGGAAAUGGCCGAUGCUUUGGACCUCAGUGAGAACAUGUAUCUCCGCUUGAUUCAGAAUCUUGCCAGCCUAAUGGACGUGAAGGAGCUGGCGGGCAUGCACACCGUGAAGCACCUUCCCCAGGACAAAAGGGAGAAAGUGGGGACGCUGCGGCAGAAGGACCUGGAGCUGCUGUUCGACAAGAUCACCAAGCUAAAGAAUCGGCUCGAAAGGAAAGAGUCUCUGCUGAAAGAGUACGAGAGAGACAUUGGGCAGUUCAGGACCAACAAGCAGACUCUGCAAGCCUGCCAGUCCGAGAUGGCCAAGUUAUCCGACAGGAUCUACCGAGAAGCUGAAGAGAAGGCUUUGCUGAAGGAAGCUCUGGAGAGGACGAAAUUUCAGCUGACCCAGGAGAAGAGGUUGAGCAGGGCUUAUAAACAGCAAAAGACGGCGACCCCAAAGAAACGGUUCCCUGCAAAUCAGAAGGCGGUUGAGAGGCCGGUAGAAGCCCGUCAGACACAAGCACGCUGCAGCGCCUCUGUGUAGGCCGUCCCCAUUGCCAGAGGCCAGUGGACGAGAAGUGCUGUAAUAUUUUAUAAAACGUGCUGUGUUUUAUAAACAUGUAUAUAUUUAUUUGUACAGAAGACGCUCUGAUCUGGCACACUGCAUCCUGAUUAUUCGAAAUGUAUUGAAGGCU